CCUCGGAGGCUCAGGAUGGCGGAUUUCGACGAGAUCUAUGAGGAGGAGGAGGACGAGGAGCGGGCCCUGGAGGAGCAGCUGCUCAAGUACUCGCCGGACCCGGUGGUGGUCCGCGGCUCCGGUCACGUCACCGUAUUUGGACUGAGCAACAAAUUUGAAUCAGAAUUCCCUUCUUCAUUAACUGGAAAAGUAGCUCCAGAAGAAUUUAAAGCCAGCAUCAACAGAGUUAACAGUUGUCUUAAGAAGAACCUUCCUGUUAAUGUACGUUGGCUACUUUGUGGCUGCCUUUGUUGCUGCUGCACAUUAGGUUGCAGUAUGUGGCCAGUUAUUUGCCUCAGUAAAAGAACACGAAGAUCGAUUGAGAAGUUAUUAGAAUGGGAAAACAAUAGGUUAUACCACAAGCUGUGCUUGCACUGGAGACUGAGCAAAAGGAAAUGUGAAACGAAUAACAUGAUGGAAUAUGUCAUCCUCAUAGAAUUUUUACCAAAGACACCGAUUUUUCGACCAGAUUAGCAUUUACUUUAUUUAUAGAGACUUUCCAAGUAUGUUGUCUUUCCAAUGGUGCCUUGCUUGGUGCUCUCCUGGUGGUGACAUAACAUUGGUUCUACAGAAUGUGUGGUGUUUUUUUCUGUUUUUGUUUUUUUUAAAUAACCGCAUGUUCUAAGUGUGCAUUUUUGUCAAACUUUGCAACAGUUAUUUCAUACAGAUGUUUAAUACUUAAGUUAUUGUGCUCUUUUCUGUUAUGUAUUCUGAUUUUCAAGGAUUACUUUUUUGUAUUAUCAAAAAAUACAUUUGAACUUAGCAUAAAAAGUGGCCAGCCUUUUUUAUUUUACCACCAAGGUACACACAGUCCUUUAUUUAUUAAUUCCUUAAUGUAGAAAAAAGACCUUUGUAAGGCUCUACUUAUCUAUUCUAGUAAGCACACUCUUCGUUUAUUUUUCUUGCUUUUUAAAUUUAUUGUCAUUAUUUUAAAAUAGUAAGUUUUCUUUCAUAGCUUUUUGAACCCUAGCGUAUUCUUUCUCAUACAAUUCCUAAUGCUCUGUUUACAGCAGAAAUAUCUGUAACAUUAUAAAGACCUAUCAAAAAGUUUUGAAAGUAUUUCUGUCUUCAAAAGUUGUAAGGCAGGAUUAAAUUAUUUUCAUUAGAAUAGACCAAUCAGUGAAUGGUAUGCAUGCAUCUAAUGGUUACUAGAGCUCAGGAUCACAAAAUAUAGUAGCAUUACAAUCUGUAUAUUUUUGAUCAAGAUAUUAAUAACGGCCUUAUUUGGGUUAUUUUUUAUUGUUUAUCAAAUCUUAUAUACAAAAGUAUAGAAAUACCCCUUUAAAAAAUUUCUAAGGAAAAUAUUUCUCCCAAUCUAACAUAAUUGUAGAAUGGAUAUGUGUUUCUGAAAAGUUUUUGAAAGAGAGGAGAAGUUGUAGAAUUGAAGUAAGCUGGUGUUUAAUACCCCGUUAAUAUUUAAAAUAGAUUAUUACUAAGAAAUGGAGGACAUAUUUAAUACUGUUUUAAUCCACUGGUUUGCUUUCAGUCCAGUUAAGUAUACGUUUUUGAUUGAGAGUAUGACAUUAUGACAUACAAGUUUAGUCAGAUCACUUUGUUUCUUUAAAGUAUGUACAGACUACAUUUUUCUCUCCUUUUGGUUGUACAUAUCUCCAUGCAUUUUAAAACUUUCUAAAUUUCUGUAUGGCCUAUGUAUACAUUUUUGUUUUUAUAAACCUGAAAUUAUA